CCAUACAUCUAUCAUUCAAUGCUGCUAGCCUCUCUAAAAUGGUUAGACGGUAAAUAACGAUUGUUAAUGUUGUUCAUUGUUUUAUACUUUUUUAAAAUCAACAAUGGUAUAGCAGAUGAUCUGUUAGAUCCAAAGCUUGUCUUCCGUCAGAACUGUGAGGUUAGACCCACAGAGAUGGCAUCCACAACACAACUCUGCAGUGACACAUCUGAAGCAAUAGAACUCUUUGAGCCCCAGAAGCUCUACCUGAAGCCCAUCGCAAAAUUGAGCAUCUCUGUGACUCUGCCACAACUGAAGUCUCCGGGUAAAUCCAUCAGUAACUGGGAGGUCAUGGAGAAGCUGAAGAACAUGGUGCAUCCGGACCAGUUCAUUAUUUUGAGGGUGAAGCAGAGCUCUCUGGAUUUUAUUCGUUUCGAAGCUGAAGUGGAAACCAAAGCUUUGCUGAAAGUCCUGAUACUUCGUCUCGAUGGCAAAAGCAUCAAACUCUCUGGGUUUUCCGAGAUGCUCAAGGUUCGUGCUGCUGAAGCAAAAGUCCCUCACCCAACCAGACACGACUGGGAUUCUUUCUUCCGUGACGCUAAAGAUAUGAAUGAAUGUAAUCCUGGUGAGCGGCCAGAUACUAUCCAUCUGGAAAAUCUCCCAGGUAAAUGGUUCUCCACUAAAAAAGACCCGGACAAACCAAGUGAGUUCAUUGUACGUAAAAUAUUUGAACAGUAUGGUGAGCUUCGAAAUGUAGACAUUCCAAUUUUAGACUCGUACCGCCAUGAGAACCAAAUUACUGGAGGGAAAUUUGGUAACUUUAGCUUUGGGGGCAGUAUAACAUUUAACGCAUACAUACAGUUUACGGAAUAUAUUGGCUUCGUAAAGGCGAUGGAUUCUCUCAAAGGUAUGAAAUUAAUGCGGAAGGAUGAAGGAAAGGCGCACACCGUUGAUUUUAAGGUGGACUUUGAUAAAACAAAACACAUGAGUGCCAAAGCUAUCAGAAGAAGAAUCAAAGAGAGGGAAAGACUUAUACAGCUUGAAAAAGAAAGAGAGGAACUAAAGAAAAGAGAGAGAGAAGCAGAGGAACACAGAUUAGAAGAUGAAAGAAGGAAAAAAGAGGAAGUAGAACGAGAAAAACAGCGCAGGAAAAUAGAGAAGACAAUGAGACGAAUGAGUAGACAAGAGAAACGUGAAGAAAGAAGAAGAGUCAGGAGAGAAGAAAGGAAACGAAUCCAAGCAGAAUUUGAGUUGCAGCGAAAAAUUGCGAUGGAGGAAAGGAAGUUGCUGUUAGCUCAGCGACAGUUACAAUCAAUUCGUUUGUUGACAGAGUUAUUUAACAGAUUAAAGAAAGUUAGACAACAAGAGGAAGUUCAAAGGAAAGUUGCCGAGAUUCAGAGUGAGCGAAUAAAGCAGAUUGAAAAAGAAAGGAAAAAGAAACAAGAAGAGGAACGGAAGAAAAAGAAACAGGAGGAACGAAAAGCCAGAGAACUGAGACGAAGAGAGUCCAAGUUAAAGAAAAAAUUGUUAAAAAACAUGGAAGAUCGAAAUGAAAAAAGGAAAAUUGAAGAAAUGGAGGAACUUAGGAAGAAAGUAGUUGCUGGUAAAGCGAGGUUAAAAUCCGCGGUAAUUUCAACACACAAGAAAAAACAAACUGAAAUGAAAGCUGUACGUAGCAAGGUAGUCUCAUCUACUGUACCGCACAAGAGGUGAUAAAAAAAAAAGACUUGAUUUUUAUAUAUUUACAUUCCCUCAGUGUUACAACAUAGUCACAGACUCAGUUGAUUGUAACAGUCAAUGGGUGCAUAGUGUCACAUGCUGCUUCACAGCGAAUCACAGGAUUCAGAGUUGAGGAUGUUUACACUAGUUAACAACAGCAAGAGAUGACAUUGUGGUAUUGCCAUUUGAUUGGCCUACAUUAAUUCUUCCAUGCUUGCUGGGAAUGUAAAUAUCCUUAAUUGUGAAUCCUCUGAUUGGCGUGUGAAACAGUGCAAGGUGCCAAUCACACAGAACUCGAGAGUUGAGGAUGUUUACAUUUUCACUAAGUAUGAAAUGAUGAAUGUAGGCCAAUCAAAAGAAUGUAUCGCAUUUGUCGUAUGCUGCUUUCAAUUUAAUAGAUCCCCUAUUUUUUACUGACUUAAAAUUUAAGAAAUUUCAUCUUUAGGAUCUUUGUAGAUCAAAAUUAACGCCCUUUGGGAUGAAUAAAUUCCCCUUCCCCAUAACCAAAGGAAUGUGAACAAAACGUAAUGGAAAUAACAUCAUUCUAAUACCAAUUUUUAUUCUAUUAUUGCUAACAUCAGAUUUAUAAGUUAAUUAUGUGUACCUUCUUAACCAUAAAUUUUAACCAUGUUAACAAAUGUUGGUUAGUCUUAGUUAACCUGUUUUAUCAAUUUUGUCCAGCAUAGUAAAAUGUUGGGAGUUACCCGUGUUGGCAAAUUUUAACGAUUGUUAACUAUGUUAGUAAUUGUUCGUUAACGUGAAUGUUAAGCAUGGUACCAGGAUGCUAUAUAAUACAUGAAUUAUUGGAAUUGAGCCAACUAGUACUUCAACGAUAAAAAUAUAAAUUUGAUUCUAGAAUAUUUUAAAUAAAUCUUAGAUUUUUUUUUACAAUAUAGACGCUGGCGAUCUGAUCGCUUACUGAGUGUACUGCCCUUGCCCACAUAGAAAUAUUCUCUAUGCUGUGGUAGUGAAAUUUUUGUGUUAAAUGGAAUGUGGGUUUAUUUCAGUUCAUUUUAUUUGACAGGCAUGCCAAGUACAGUGUGUUGACAGAUGAGCAAUGGCUCAUAUCACCCUGUCAAAUAAGAGUAAUUUUGACGUAGUUUUUACAGUAUACCAAUGCUCAGGAGCCUAUUUUGACGUAGUUUUUACAGUAUACCAAUGCUCAGGAGCCUAUUUUGACGUAGUUUUUACAGUAUACCAAUGCUCAGGAGCCUAUUUUUAGAUAUCUGGUACUGAAACCGAAUUUUGCUUUAAAUUUUGUGCUGUUGUUCAAUCUAGGUGGCAACAUUUUGAGUGUUAGGCCUGUGAUGCCGAGUACAUCACUGUAACCUUCAACGGUAUGACAUCAUUGUAAGUAAUAUGUCUUGCCAACCGUUAGGUUGGGGAGAUAAAAAGGUAUAUGUAUAUUUUACAUAUUAUUAGACCCCAAAACUGAUUAAAUAAAGCAUUUGAAACCCAUAAAUUGUCAUGUUUUUCGGGGGUUUUGCACCCUGAAACACCUGCGAGAGAUUUUGAACAACGCCCGACCAUGCCCAAUUUUUUUUGUCGGGGACCUCAGCCUCAUCCCCCUCCCCCUGUGAGCAAAUCCUGGUGCCACCCUGCCAACCGUGUCUAAUAUAAUACAUCAUAGGUAAUUAGCAUGGUCCUAGAUUGCUCAUAGCAGAGCUAAAACUAUAAAAUAAUUACUGUAACCAUUAUCUUCCCUUAUAUGUACUGGUAGUGGUGGUGUGAUAGUUCUACAGUUUCCUAUUUUUCUUUCCCAUAAGUUAAGGUUGACUUAUAGACUACAAUUUUAUCCAUGCCAUAUUCCUGUGUUCUGUGUAUUUUGUACUGCAAUAAACCAAUGAAAAACAAAGGAAAUAAAAUAGUUCCUUGUCUGUAAUUUACAUUAACAUGUCUAAUAGACUUGCCACAAGUCCCAUUUUUUUUUUUUGGUAAGCUUUAUAUGGGCGACAAUACUGCAGGUUCAUGAAUAAUUAAGUAGCAAUAUAAAUUGAAUAUUCAUUUAA